AAAGAUUAUCCGACCCCGUCACGGAAACUCGUCUUGCAAUGCCGAGGAGUCUCCUUGCCCCUCAUGUUCGUUACAAAAUUCACAGCAAUUUCAUUGGUUCUAUUUCUUAUUUUAUGAGAUCAACGUGCCGCAACUCAAGCAGAUAUCCUCAUCAAUGAUAUCCAACAAAAUCUAUGAGUUGGGAAUUUCCGGGACAAUGAUUUCCACCAUAUAGACCACGUUCAACUAGUAUAUAUUUCAGAUCAAGUGAUUUGGGGUUGUAAUGUGCAAUGGACGAAUUUUUCCGGUGCCAUACUGUAGUACUUGGAUGCGACGGGCCGACGUUCCUUUCAUUGCAAUGUUCUUGGCUGUUUCUGAAACUUUCUUUUAUAUUUAUCUAUAUCGUUGAUAUCAUGAAAUAACUUUUGUUUGAUUUUUGAUCAUCCGCAUUCUAGUUCACAAUGAAGCUCUCUAUUUUGUUGUCUAUCUCAAGUGCUUUCGCCGUGGUAAAAGCAUCACUUCCCGCUUAUGCCCAAUGUAAGCUUUGUACCUGAAGGAGGUAGAACUUUUGCUAAUGAAUAUAGGCGGAGGUGUCAAUUGGAGCGGAGAUAGUAGCUGUGCUUCGGGUUUCUAUUGCUUGAAGCAAAAUGAAUGGUAUUCCCAAUGUGUACCAGGGGCUAGUAUGUUUCUUCGGCUAAUCUAUCACGUUUGUUUGACUAAGUGUCAUUUAGCAACUGUCACAGCGAAACCGACCACCACCACCAGCGGGUCUCCAGUACCAACUACGCCUGUUCCUCCCGCUACUAGUAUCACGAGCUUCGCUAAAGCUGAUGGCAAUGUUUUCAAUAUAAACGGAAAGUCGCAGUACUUCAUGGGCACGAACUCCUACUGGAUUGGAUUUUUUACCAGCAACAGUGAUGUUGAUCUUGUCUUUAGUCAUUUGGCCUCGGUAUGUCUCAACUUCUGCUCGUUUCUCUAUGCAGGAGAUUAAUACCCAAUCCUAGACUGGUCUGAAAGUUCUCCGUGUCUGGGGAUUUAACGAUGUCAAUACCAUUCCCGGUGCUGGAACUGUUUGGUUCCAAUCCUUUGUCCAGGGUUCUGCUCCAACUAUCAAUACAGGCCCAGAAGGUCUGCAACGUCUUGACUAUGUCGUUGAGUCAGCAGGAAAACACGGCUUGUCGCUCAUCAUCAACUUUGUCAACAACUGGGCUGAUUACGGUGGAAUUCCUGCUUACAACAAAUACUAUGGUCUUUCUUCUACGAACCGAACAGAGUGGUAUGCGUCCGCUGCGGCACAAUCCCAGUAUCAGAAAUAUAUUUCUACAGUUGUAGCAAGAUACAAGAAUAGUCCAACUGUCUUCGCAUGGGAACUUGCGAAUGAACCAAGAUGCAAUGGAUGCCCCACUAGCGUUCUCACCAAUUGGAUCAAGACCACCUCGGCUUAUAUCAAGUCGCUCGAUUCCAAGCACAUGGUCACUACUGGCGAUGAAGGGUUUGGAAUAGCAGGGGGUACUUCCUACCCUUGGGGGCCUGGCGAAGGCAUCGACUGGGUUGAGAAUCUCAAGAUCUCAACGAUUGACUUCGGCACAGCACAUUUGUACCCCGAAUCCUGGGGAGAACAAGACAGUUUUGGAAAACCCUGGAUUGAUGCACAUGCGGCUGCUGCCAAAGCUCUUGGGAAGCCAUUUAUUUUGGAGGAGUACGGGAGCUCGACGAAACCGAGCAUCCUGACUUGGGAACAGGCUGUCUUGGAUAGUGGGACUGCUGGUGACAUGUAUUGGCAAUAUGGGGAUUCCUUUUCGUGGGGUCAAACUCAUAAUGAUGGGAACUCUAUUUACUACGGGACCGAUAUGUACAAAACAUAUGUAAGUUUACCCCGUCCUCUGAUUAUGGGUGUCUGACAAUUUUGUAAGGUACAGGAUCAUGCUGCUGCCAUGGCGGCGAAAGCAGUCUGAUCUCAGUAGAAGAUCUGAUACGAACUGUUUAACAGUGUUGGUCAGAAUUGUGGCUAGAUCUAGUUUAUUCCUUUAAGUUUUGUGUAUAUUCUCUUGGUGUACAUAAAUUGCCAUAGAACCUGAAUCAAAUCCAUACAUAUUUUAU